UAUGUAUAUUUUGUUCAUAAUAUUACUAAAAAGUAUUGUAUUUCCCGAGGACUCUUGACAUUUCUAUAAAUAAACCGGUAUAAAUUGGUAGGAGUAACCCUUGGUCAAUCAUUUGCUGCUAUCGAAUCAUACGAGAAGUGCGCCAGACUUUGUUCCCGCAGUGCUAGUAAUUGUGUUGUAUUGUGCAUAUUUCAAAGUCUAAGAAUCUCAUUCAGCAAUAAUAAGUCAGCAUGAGGAUACAAAAAUUUAACACAUUGUUGGCCAAAGAGUCGAAGCCGCAUGUCCUAAAAAACUGCAGUCUCGUUAUAGACGCACAGAACUAUUUCUAUGAAAUGUACAAGAAAAGUGAGCUUUCGGCUAAUUACGGCUGUGAAAGUAACCAUUUUGCGAAUUUCUUGAAAAAUGAACUCGGCAAGUUUAUCAAAGCCAAUGUAAAGUGUUACUUUAUUUUCAAAGGAGGGUCGAAAGAUAUCGAAAAGCGACGCAAUAAAAAAAUGACUCAGUAUUACGGAAACUUUGUAUCGACAGUGUUCAUGAAAACUAUUUGCAGACAGGUGCUGGAAGAGAUGGGCUUCGACUACGUUAUAUGCGAAUUGGAAGCCAAGGAGCAAUGUGUCGCGCUCGCUAACAAACUGAAAUAUCCAACCAUGAGCAACGACAUUGAAGUAGGCAUCUUAAGUAAUUCCUACAUCAAUUAUUAUCAAGUUUCUUUCAAUCCUACCACGAAUGGCAUUCAGUGUAAAUUGCUACGAUUUAGCAAUUUCUUAAGAAAAUAUAAAUUAACUAUAGAGAAGUUUUCCGUUUUUAUUUUGGUUACCGACACAACAAUUUAUCCCGAAGGAUUUUUCGCUGACUUUUUGAAAAGAUUUGAAGUACGAAAUCAGCUUGCUGCUCAAUAUGAAAUAAUACUUCGAUGGCUAUCAAGUCAAUCAAAAGACGAAGCUCUUAAUGAAGUUACAAAAACAUUCAAACCGAAAGAAAGGAAUGAUAUCUUACUAAAAGAAAAGGAUAUAUUAAAUGCGCUUCGCACUCCACCGUCACUCGGUAUACCCUAUCAUUACUUCUUUAACAAACAACAGAUCCACAUUACGCCUAAUGAUCUGCAGUGGUUCGAGAAAGGCAUAGCUUUAAGAUACAUCGCCAUACCGUAUAUAAACUUGUACACCCAGGGUAUUAUCGAUGGUGGUUGGGCAUUUCAUGACCGUUCAAUGCCUGAUGCACUCCUGUUUUCUGCGGACAUCAUCAAGUAUGCCCUCAACUUAUUAUCCAACUACAGCAGAGACUCUUUCCAAAUUGAAAGAGAUAAUGGCGAAAGUAUUAAAGUUAGCACGAAAAUGCCGGAUGUUCCAAAACCAGAUUAUACGGUCAGCAACGUCAUAUUCGAGGACGGUUGGGAUCGCGUCGAAAAGCUUCGUUUAUUGAACAUUUUUAUAGGCACACUAUCAGAGGUGCCAAAUGGGAAUUCUUGCAAGCAUUGCCGUGUGAGGCAAGAUUGUUGAUGGUGGCUCUGGUCUACAUGGCGCAGAAGCACGACACGUGGGGGGAACGCGAGGCGUACAGCGUGCUGCUGUCGUUCGCGGUGCUAUGCAACGACGACAUCAAUAUGGAAAAGCACGACCGCGACUGCGCCCUUCUAGACCUCACUCAAAAUUACAUGACGGAAUGUGAAAUUGAUAAAACGCUAGUUUACCCCAUGUUCCAGUUCCAAUACUGUCUCGAGCAUAUGAAUUAUUUGAACGCGCUAUGUGGUUUCCAAUACAAAGCUACAAUUUACAGCAAAACCAAUAACAGCAAGUUAAUCUAUAAUGUUCUGAAGAAGUUAAAUGAGUCCGAUGUUGAUCCACUCGCACAAAUAUCCCAGAUUUUGAAAUCGGCGCCGACUGUUGUAAACUUUAUAAAGAAGCUUGUAGACACAAACAAAAGAAUCAUGCCAUUUAAAAAUUUAUUGUAAGGUAAUGAAACCCUCGGAGGCGCACAAUUUUUAAAUCUUCAUAAAAUCCUUUAAUAAAUAAUAUAAGAGAAACCUUUGAUUAAAUUGCAACAUAACUACAUAUUAUAAAUUUAAUAUUAAAAGAACUAAUAAAUAACGUCAGUAUGAACAAAUAACACCUAAAGCAUAGAUAGUGGGCCUUGUUAGGAACCGGGCUAUCUUCAGUUUGUCGAUUGAUAUAUCUCAAUUCGCUAAAUAUACAUCUUAUUGUUUAGGUCAUGUUCACAUUUCGUUAAGGAUCUAAAUAUAUCAUGAUAUCCUGUUCCAACAAUGCCCGCCCUCGGAUAUUGAAGCGACUUAAUACUAAUUGUAUUAAAUAUUAUUGUGCUAAGAAGUUUUUUAAAACCAUUUUUUUUUUAUUCUAUUUAGAAGUAUUUUUUUAUGUUCUUGGGCUCACCAUUUCUCGGGCUGUAUUUACACCCAUACUGUUACAAUAUUUUGUAUAAAACAUUUACGAGUUGAUUACGGUAGUUUACGAUUAAGUUAUAUCUAUCUAUGUAUCAUUGAAUGAAUCAAUAUUUUUUUAUUUUAUAUAAAAAAUACAUUUAUUACAUAAAAUUUAGUAUAGCGGUGGGAGAAUUCAUUUUUGUAAUAUACUAGCUUUUGCCUGCAGCUCAGCCCGCGUGUCAAGUUUUUCCGGCAUAAAAAGCAGCACUAGAAAGUAGUACAGCUUCCUAUUAGUGAAAAAAUCAAAGUCAGUUCAGUAGUUCUUGAGAUUUGCGCGGUCAAACAAAGAUAAAAACUUAACUUUUUAUAACAAGAUUAAAUCAAUGUUACUAAAAUUAUCAUGAACAAGCUUUGUCUAUGGGUAUGUUUUUCGUAGGUAACCUAUUCAGCUAUUUUAGUUCAUAAAAACCAGAUAUUAAAACAAUAUAAUUAUCACCUUUAACGCGGGUUGAGACGGAGGCAAAAGCUAUUCAUGAUUUAUAUGUUAUAUAAAAAAAAAUAUUCAAGUAAAAUAAGGCUACAGAAGAUAAUUGCCAGUGGUUUCCACAUUACGCUGAGCCUGUGUUUUGCGAAACGAAUUAUUAUUAUAUAAAUGAUUAUAAUUUGAUAAGCGUAAGUUAGUGAGCAUUUAUAUUUUGUAUUCGUGUGUAUAAGUUAAGAAUAGAGUUAAUGUGAGAUUAUUCUUAUAACUACUGCUAUUGUACAUUACAGUGAUAGACAGCAAAUAAUACAGUGACAUCGCUGAAGUGAUGAUAUUCACUGCCUAGGACUGUUUUAUUACUGUACUAUUUUCUAGGAUAACAAUCAGAUUGUCUUCAAAGAAACGUAUGUCCAUUACAAUCCAAUUGUUUAUAUUGACUGUUAAAAAUAAAUUUAAUAAAUUUAUAGUAAUCAAAA